CCGUUCCAAAAUCAGUUUCGAGCUGUCAAGCAACCGAGCAGCAUCAUCAUUCACUGCGCACUCGCAACAGAUACUCGCAGCAGAUACACACUCCGAGAAUAACCUAGCAUUCCUAACUCUCGGGCCUAGUGAAGAUUAAUCUGAAACGUAGAAGUAAAAGUGUUGACAAAACUCCGGAAAACUCUCCAACUCUCCAACGGAUUACCGCAAGGAAAUGGCUGUUUCGGCUCUCAACAUGACACCCUACUUUGCUGGAUAUCCCUUCCAAGGACAAGGUCGCGUCAACCAACUGGGCGGCGUCUUUAUCAACGGCCGUCCGUUACCCAACCACAUCCGUCGCCAAAUCGUGGAGAUGGCAGCCGCUGGAGUUCGUCCUUGUGUCAUCUCCCGCCAGCUGCGCGUCUCCCAUGGCUGCGUCUCAAAGAUUCUGAACCGUUUCCAGGAGACUGGCUCUAUUCGGCCCGGAGUGAUCGGUGGCAGCAAACCCCGUGUAGCCACGCCAGACAUCGAGUCCAGGAUCGAGGAACUGAAACAGACGCAGCCCGGUAUUUUUAGCUGGGAGAUCCGCGCCAAAUUGAUCGAGGCUGGAGUCUGUGACAAGCAAAACGCUCCAUCGGUGAGCUCCAUUUCGCGCCUUCUGCGAGGAUCCUCAGGAUCGGGGACCUCCCACAGCAUCGACGGCAUCCUCGGUGGAGGCGCUGGAUCUGCGGGAAGCGAGGAUGAGAGCGAAGACGAUGCCGAGCCCAGUGUGCAGUUGAAAAGGAAGCAAAGGCGUUCCCGGACCACAUUCUCCAACGACCAGAUCGACGCCCUGGAGCGCAUCUUUGCCCGUACCCAGUACCCCGAUGUCUACACCCGAGAGGAGUUGGCCCAGAGCACAGGGUUGACCGAGGCCCGUGUCCAGGUGUGGUUUUCCAAUCGCCGUGCUCGUCUGCGCAAGCAGCUGAACACCCAGCAGGUGCCUAGCUUUGCCCCCACAUCCACUUCCUACGGCGCAACUCCCACCACCAGUGCCGCCCCAGCUCCCAGCAUGGGCAUGAGUCUGUACGGCUCACAGAACUGGCCAUCAUCUGGAGCCUAUGACAACCAUGCUGCCUAUGGUGGAUCGGUGGCAUCCAUGUCCCCCGCCAGCAGCACCUCGGGCACCAGCUCCGCCGCCCACAGUCCCGUGCAGACGCAGGCGCAGCAGCCAGGAACUGGAAGCGAGUUCAUGGCCCCCACCUACGGCGUAGGAUCGAGCAAUGCUACCUACCCAUCGGCCGCCUAUUCCAUGCCGCCAACUCCUACAACAUCCGCGGAGCAGCUGCGAUCCCAGUUUGCAUCGGCCGCCGCUUCGGGCUCUCACCACCCCUCCUCGUGGGACAGCUACAACUUUGCGGGUUCCUUCUUCCCUCCCGCUGCUGCCACAAGCAACCACAUUAGCGGCUACCAUCAUCAGGUCGAUCAGAAGAGCUCAAUGAUGACCACUGCACCAACCUACCCAUACUUUGGAUUUUAGGUCGAUAAUAUGUUUUCUUUUUAAUCGUUUUAAAACUUUAAGCGUUCUUUAAUGUUGCUAAAGGCCUACAUCUAAUCCCCCUAAGACUGUUUAAAAAUAUUUAUGGUAAAUUAGUAUUUUAAGACAUAUUUUCCUGGUAGUUUUAGGUUAAGGAGCGAUGAUCAAAAUAAUAAAAGUAAACAUUUA